AGAGUUGGUAACGUCGCAGAUGUGUUGCUGUUUGAAGGAAGGGAGCCUUUGCAAGGUGGAGCAGCUGGGGAACUGAUGCUUGUGAUCCACAUUUGAAGCAGCAGCUCUGGAGAGCAUGAACAAGGCCAAGAUCUAUGGGACUCUCUUGGUGUCGUGGAGCAUGGGAAUGAGAUGCAAGCAAGUUUGAAAGUGUGCAAUAGGCAUGGGGAGUGUAACAAACGAAUACUCAGAUCAAAGCAACCAGUCCUCCCCUCAGGAAAAUCACUUCAGCUUCCGGAGUGUUGGGGACUGCCAUCAUAUUGAUUAUCGGCUACUGAAACGAGACUAUCACCACAGAGUGUUUGUGAACAGGAGCCUGGAACUUGAGAAGAUUAAAUGUUUUGGAUUCGACAUGGACUAUACAUUGGCAGUGUACAGAUCUCCGGAGUAUGAAGAGCUGGCCUUUCAGCUGAUGGUAAAUCACUUGGUCUCAAUCGGAUAUCCCCAGGAAUUGCUUCUCUACACAUAUGAUCCAACAUUCCCCACCAGAGGCCUUGUGUUUGAUACACUGUAUGGGAACCUUCUGAAAGUGGACUCUCAUGGAAACAUCUUGGUGUGUGCUCAUGGAUUCAGCUUCCUCAAGGGGUCAGAGAUUGUUGAGCAAUACUCCAACAAGUUUAUCCAAAGAGAUGACAUAGAACGGUUUUACAUCCUUAACACUCUAUUUAACCUUGCUGAAACCUACCUCUAUGCCUGUCUAGUGGAUUUCUUCAUCAAUUGCUCAGAAUACAGCAGCUGUCAAGCAGGCUUUAGAAGCGGUGACCUCUUCAUGUCAUACCGGAAUAUGUUCCAGGAUGUGCGAGAUACAAUGGAUUUCGUGCAUGAUUCCGGGAUUUUAAAGAAGGAAACAUUGGGAAACCUGGAAAAAUACGUGCUGAAGGAUCCUCGCCUGCCGCUGCUCCUGGGUCGAAUGAAAGAACUGGGGAAGAUUUUCCUUGCCACUAACAGUGAUUACCCUUACACAAACGCAAUAAUGAACUUCUUGUUUGACUUCCCAUCUGGGCCGAAGCCUGGCACCUCACACCGCAGCUGGCAUACCUACUUUGACUUGAUUGUGGUAGACACGCGGAAGCCUCUCUUCUUUGGAGAAGGGACUGUCAUCAGGCAAGUUGACAAUGAAUCAGGAAAGCUUCGGAUUGGCACCUACACGGGCCCCUUGCAACAGGGUGUGGUUUACUCUGGAGGGUCUUCAGACAUGAUCUGUGACUUGCUGGGGGUGAAGGGUAAAGAAAUUCUGUACAUUGGAGAUCACAUCUUUGGAGACAUCCUCAAAUCCAAGAAGCGCCAGGGCUGGAGGACUUUCCUGGUGGUGCCUGAGCUGGCACGUGAACUGCAGGUCUGGACUGAGAAGAGUGCUCUUUUUGAAGAACUUCGUAAUCUUGAUAUAGUUUUGGCUGAAUUUUACAAGCAUCUCGACAGCAGCAGCAGCGAACGGCCCGAUAUCACCUCAGUUCAGAAGCGGAUUAAGGUGGUGACCCAUGAGAUGGACAUGUGCUACGGAAAGAUGGGAAGCUUGUUACGAUGUGGUUCCAGGCAGACCCUUUUUGCCAGUCAGUUGUUGCGCUAUGCUGACCUGUAUGCUGCCUCGUGUAUAAACCUCUUAUAUUACCCUUUCAGUUACCUGUUCCGAGCACCUCCUGUACUGAUGCCCCAUGAAUCAACAGUUGAGCAAAUCCCUCUGGAUAUCAGUGAUAUGGAUGGUUUCUUAGAAAAGCAUAAGAACCACUUCCAGACAGCUAGCGAGAACCACCAGGUCAGUCAAUUCCCUCUUAAAGAGAAGGUGAGUGUUGCUAUUUCCCCCUCAAGAGAGGUGACUUUGUAG